AUGGGUUGUGAUAGGUUCAAAGAGUUGUUCUAUGAGAAGUAUUUCCCUGCUCCCAAGAGGUGGGAACUAAGGGACCAGUUUAAUGGCAUUAUCCAAGGCAAUAUGUCAGUGAUAGAGUACAAGAAUAAGUUCACCUCUCUCUUUUGCUUUGCUCUAGAGAUGGUGAGCAAUAAAGUUGAAAAGACUAGGAAAUUUGUUUCCGGGCUUGAUUACAAAAUGAGGCCGCUGAUAACGGCACAGUGCAUCAAGGUUUAUUCUAAGGCAGUGGAAAGAGCAUUGAUGCUAGAGGCGGAGGCCAAAGAUAAAGAUGCAAGAAGGGCACUAUACAGGAUGGCACCAAUGGAAAUGCGGGAGCUGAAGGAUCAGAUUCAGCAACUUCUUAGCCAGGGUUUCAUUCGUAGAAGUACUUUACCUUGGGGAGCACCAGAGGAGCGACUGGUUUCUUAUGGGUCUCAUAAGCUUAUGUCUCAUGAGCUUAACUAUCCGACGCACGAUUUAGAGUUAGCAGCUGUAGUCUUUGCCUUUUGCAUUUGGAGGCAUUAUCUGUUGGGGGAGUCUUUCAGACUAUUCAGUGACCAUAAGAGUUUGCAGUACCUCUUCACGCAGAAGGAGUUGAAUAUGAGACAAUAUGCACUCAGUCGCCGACCUAAUGCCAGUUUUUCUGCAAUGUUUGCUACAGAAUGGAAUGCUUUGAAGACUGUAGAUGAGUUGUCUGAUGCUUUUGUGUCAUGGAUAGCAAUUACACCUACUAUCAUCCAUAAAGUACUAAAGGCACAACUUAUGGAUCAGCAGUGCAUUGAUAGAGUUACGGAGUUAGCUUCUGGUGAUGUUCCAUUUUACUCUGUCAGGGCAGAUAGAGGCUUAAGUACCUGUCAGAUGGUUAAGAUUGAUCAUCAGAGACCGCCUGGUUCUUUGCAGCCACUUCCUAUACCGGAGUGGAAAUGGGAGAGAUGUCAUGAGGACAUCUUACGAGAGUUCCACACUUCUCGCUUUGCAGUUCAUCCAGGUGGUGAACGUUGA